UGUAAGACACCCGUGUAUUCUCUUAGGCGGAGGACAGCCGAGCGACCGGAGUGACAGCAAAGGAAAGGCGGAGAGCAGGAGAAAGAAGCGUCUGCGCUGGCAAGCUCUCCCGGCAGCGCCGAGAGCCAGAGCUGCGGUGAGUCCUGGGCCCGCGGGGCCCCAUCGCCUCUCCUCUGCGUCGCGGGCCCUCCUCUGCCCCCCUCGCUUUCCCACCCCGCCGUGGUUUGCUUUCUGCUCCCCGCUAUGUUCUUUUUCCAUCUCGCUCUGACGGGCUGCCUGUCCCCACCUUUUUCAGGUCCUCGCUCUCUCUGCCCCGUAGCCCGUGGCUAUUGUUUCCUUCUCUCUCUCCCUGUCUCUCUGUCCGGCCCCCAGCCACUGUUUCUGCAUUCCUCCCCCUCGGUCCUGUAGCCCGUCGGUAUUUCUGCCGUCUCUGGCGCUCUCUGUGCGGCUCCUCGUUCCUGUUGUUCGAGGUCUUCCUUCUCGGCUCCGUAGCGAGUCGUCGUGAGUCUCUCUCUUUCUCCGUCCCUCUCGAGCCUCUUCCCUGCCCCUCGUUUUGAAGGCCCGCCUCUCUGUCCCGGCACCCGUCGCUACGGUUCCUUUUCUCCGUCUCGCUCCCCGUCCCUGUUUUUCUAAAGUCUCCCCUCUCUGCCUCCUAGCCCGUCGGUACCUUUUUCUUUCCCCGUCGCGGUUCGUCUGGCUCCCUGUCCCUCUUUCUUUCUUUCUUCCUUCCUCCCUGUCUGCCCCGCAGCCCGGCCCUUCGUUCCUUUCUCCUUCCCUCUCUGUCCCUCUCCCGGUCCCCGGCUUUAAACUCUGCUUCUCUGCCCGGUAGCUCGCCACCGUCUUACCUUUCCCCGUCUCUCUCUCUGUCCAGCUCCCUCUCUCGAAUUUUCAGUUCCUCCCUGUCACUGCAGAAGCCUGUCGGGACUUUUUCCCCUGCCCGGCUUGCCUCUCCCCGUCUCGCGAUUCCUCCCUCUCUGCCCUCUUAGCCGCGACCGUUUUUAUAUUCUCCGUCUCUCUCUCGGUCCGCCUCGAGAUCCCGAUUGUUUUUUAAAGCGACCGAAUCGUCGAGGUUGGCAGAGACCUUUACGAUUAUCGGGUGGAACCGCGAACCUGGCGCUGGCAAGUCCCCCUCUGCCCCGCAGCCCGUCCCUUCCCUUCCGACGGCCUCUUUCUGCACCUCUCUCUGUCCGGCUCCCGGCCCCUCUUUUCCACUUCCGCCCUCUGUACCCUGUGGCUUUCCCCCUCUUCUUUCUCUCUCUGUCUCUGUUUGAGGAGGAGCAGCUGCCGCCCCAGCGUUCGCACCCCGUUCACGGUGUCGCGCGCACGCUUCUUCUCGGGCGCGCUUCCUCCUCCUCCUCCUUCGGGCUCGACCCGAGGCUUCCGGCAGCAGUCUCCGGGUGUCGGAUUUUGUAAAAUAAUUAACGUAACUGAAAGGUGCAGCAGCGGGAUCGGCCCGGGCGGGGCGCCUCCAAAGAGAGGGACCCGGAACAAAGAAAUCCCGGGGCCGUUCCACGCUUGGGUCCCGGACACCCGCCCCUCGCGCGCUGUCCGCGCGUCCCUUAGUCCCGCGGCGACUUUUGGUCUGGGGUCUUCUACCGUCGUCUCGGAUUCUUCUUCUGUAUAGCUGUGGGCGGUGCGUUAUUCCACAGGUGCUGCUGCGCCGAUGCUCCGUACGUUCGCAGUAACGGGUAGAGCGGAAGGCUCCGUGGCCGGGGAAGAGCGGCACGGACGCGUUCCUGCUCGCUCCGUUGCACCGGAAUUUCGACGGCUGGGUUCGGCUGCUAAAUUGAUGGCGCUACUGGAAGAAAUUUCAGAAAAAAAGGGUGGCUUUUUCGUCGAUCUCUUUGUGAGAGUAUCAAAUCAGGCGGCGGUAAAUACGUAGAAGCAACUAGGCGUACUACGGCGUGUACCGGACAGCGUUGGCGUGCCGCUCUGCUAGCAGCGGAGAGCCAGAUGAGGAUGGCCGUGAUAUGAGAAAAGCUCUGUCCAGAGAUACGGAGACGAAAUCAGUUGUACCUCAUCCCGUGACACCGGAAGACAUUGAGUAAGUGUAAGCUGUGAUGCUCAGUGAAAUUACUAAGAGCGUUAAGUUUCCCAUGCCUUUGCUUUCACUCUCCCAUUCUCUUGUCUUGCGGCACGUCGCGUUUUUUGAGGCCGUGGAAGCGACAUCGGGAGCGAUGGGGUGUCAGAACCAGGUCCUCCUGCCUGUCGCUGGUUUUGCUUACCUUCGCCGUCUCUGUGUACCAGUCUGCGUGUCUCUCUGUGUUCCUCAAUCCCUGUCCUCUCUUCUCUGUUCUGCUUUGUUUCGCUGCGUAUGUCCCGUUCCCUGUCCCACCUUUAUCCUUCCUUCCUUCUUCCUCGCCUUUUUCUCUGUCCUUUUGUCCUGCUCCCCGACCCUGUUUCUCGCUCCAUCUGACCGUCCUUUUCCUGGCACCUUUGUGUCUCUGCUCCUUGCCCCCGUCUUUCUCUCCCCUCUGCCCAGUCCUCGUCUCCCUCUUUUGUCUCUCUGCCCCUCUGUCCUGCUCCCUGCCCCUCUUUUUCUCACUCUGCCCCAGCGUCCCGCUCCCCGGUCCUCUUUCCCUCUGUUGCGCUCUCCUUCUCCCUGCUCCCCAGCCCGCUUCUCUCUCGCUCCCGCUUCCUUUUUUUAUUCUCUGUUGCUCUGUCCUGCUCCCCGUGCCGCUGUCCCUCGCCGUACCUCUCGGUCCGGCUCCCUGCCCUUAUUCUCUUUUCCUCCCUCGCCGUGGCGCUGCCCGCCCAGGGUCGUUUCUGCCUCUCUGUCCCGCUCCCCGUCCUUGUUUGUCGGUCGCCGUCCCGCUGCCUCUCUUCCUGCCGCUUCUUCCUCCCUCUCUGUCAGGCUCCCCGUCCCCGUCCUUCACUCGCCGUCCCUUUCCUUGCCUCGUGCUUUCUCGCUCGCCGCCGCCCCCCCCCCCAUCCAGCUGGCUGCCCCUUUUCUCCUCUCAGCCAGCGUCCUGCAGCUGGCUCCUCGGUUUUGGCGGCAGCCUGCACAUAGCAGCCCAGCUCUCCAGCAGCCUGACGGACCGACCGUGUGUCUGUUCCACGCCGGACUGGCGAGCGUGGCUCUGGGUAGGACAGCCGAGGUGCCCCAGGGCCGGGCCCCGAGCCCCGGUGCGGAGUCUCUCCCGGGACCGGCUCUGUGUGUGACUGAAUAAACGCUUGCGGUCUCUUUU